GAUUGGAUGCCAGAUUCUUCGAGGUUAUCUGCUUUAUCUGUGUUCAGAUGUUUAUGGCAUUUGGGCCUACCCCUGUUUUUUUUUAGAUCAACUAUAUAUUCUGCUCCAAUAAAAACAAAGUGUUGUGAUAACAAAAAAGUGCACACACGUAUGUAUGAGUGGUCAUGCAUGCUCCGAAUUAACCAAGGUCGGCCGCAAGACUAAAAUAUCAGAGCCAUAAAAAUCGAAGAAGAAGAACCAUCGAAGGACUUAAUUGAAUUGAAAAGCGUGACGUGAUUGCCAGUUCCGUUGGCACCAUGUGGGUGUUUGGUUAUGGAUCACUGAUAUGGAAAGUCGAUUUUCCGUACGAGAGAAAACUCGUUGGACAUAUCAAGGGAUAUGUCAGGAGAUUUUAUCAGAAGAGUACUGAUCAUCGAGGGAUACCAUCUAAACCAGGUCGAGCGGUGACCCUCCUAUCCACCUCGGACCCCAGCGACGAGGUGUGGGGUGUCGCCUACAAGAUUUCAAACGAAAACAUCGAGAACGUUGUGAAUCAUUUAGACUUUAGGGAGAAAGGUGGUUAUCAAAGGAAAAAAAUGCUAUUCUAUCCAUCCCGACCCGUCCAGAAGAUCGAUCCGAGUUCCCUGGACAAUUCACCUGAGAACAACGUUAAUUCUCAUCCAGUGGUGCCAGCCACCCCCACACCCUCCGAGGAAUUACCUUUUCAGCUGACGAUAUACAUCGGCACUGAGGACAAUCCAAAUUACGCUGGGGUCGAGAGUAUAGAGACGAUCGCCAGUCACAUCAUCGAAGCUCAUGGACCUAGUGGAGCCAACACUGAAUAUUUAUAUAAAUUGGCCAUGGCCAUGCGGAUUAUUGCACCUGGGGUGCAUGACGAACAUUUAUUCGCACUUGAGGGGGCUGUGAAGAAACUAGAGAAUGAGAAAGUCAGGGGGGCAAUCUCGUUUGAUGAAUCUGCGCCGAAAAUUGGUUGAUUGAGGAUCGCGGGAGAAUGGGAAAUUAUUUUAACAGUCAUGGAGUGGCAGAUGUGUAGAAAAAUUUAAUGGAAAGCCUAGCAAACUCUAUUGGAAAUUAUGCGACUUUGAAUAGACGUUUGGUGUGAAACAGUCAAGAAAUGUUGAUUUUUUUACAUAAAUUUCUCUGUUUGUUUAAAAAUUUUGACAUCAAUUUUAAAAAAUUGAUGUCUAAAUUUUUAAACAAAGUUUCUAAGUUUUACUCUAAACUUUUGAUGAAAAAUAAAAGUGGAGCGAAGACAACUUAAAAAAUUUAUGUGUUUAAUUUGUAUAAAAAAAAAUCAUUGAAAAAUUGCACAGUAUAAGUUCCAAUAGAAUUCGAAUGAAUCUUCAACAUUUUUCCAUUGAAUUCUUUCAUACGUGUAAUUAUGAGUUAAAUUCGACAUGUUUUAGUAUUUUAUUCAUCUCGAUAACGACUAGUUUUAGAGAAAAUGUCAGGAAAUUUUUUUUUGCAGCUAAAUAACUUGAAAAAAAUUUCUUGAGAUUUUCCUCCAGACUCACUCGUUAUUAAAAUGAUCGCACAUUGAAAUCCUUCUUAUCAAGCUUUACCAUUUUGGAAAUCAGUUUAUUCAUUCAUUACACCAAAAACUCAAAAAAACACUAACACUGGAGGUGGAGUAGUCCAAAUAAAGGUGGCAAAAUGGGAAUUAUAGCUGCGUAAAUAGAAAGUUGAAAAAAACUGUGCGUUCUUCCCUAUUCAACGGAACAAAGCACUUGUUUCAUUCGAACACGUCAAGAGCACAUAUUUGGAGAGAAAAUCCACUCCCAGAAAUUUUUCAAGGAUGAACAGAAAGAAAUCUGUGGAUUUAUUUGGAAAUAUCUAAGAUUCUUGAGAAUUUCCACUAGAGGAGGAUGGGGUAAAACGGACACUAGACUUUUUUAAAAUUAUUCAUAACUCAGAAACAAAUUGAUCAAUUGAGCUCAGUUUAGGCUUGUCACAAAGGAAAGAAUAGUUCUUUGUAUUGAAAAAAAAAAUUAUUAAAUUUUAUCAAGAUUUUAACCCCUCAUUAAUAUUUUUAAAAAGUCAAAAGUGUCCGUUUUACCCCAACCUCCCCUACAAUCUACAAGAAUAUUAAUAACGCCAUAAUUACUAAUUACUCAUUUUCUCUCAUUCAUAUGCGGCGCGAAGGGAUUUGUAUUCUCUUUAUUCUGUUAUUCAAAGAAGAAGGUAAAUGUGAAGCAUUUCGUGAUGAAUAAAAUAAAUAUAUUUUUGAAUGAAGAAGUAUCAGUGCUUUUUCUACAACUGCCAAGGAAUAAUUAUCCUCAAGCAACGAGAAAAAUCUCUUUAAAAAAAUCGAGAAAUAAUAGAAAUUUUUUUAUCAAGACGAAUCAACUUUUGAAAGAAUCUAGAAUAAUUUUCCUUACUAAUGAUAUUAGCAUAAGAAUUUGCCGUGCGUGAUCAUGUUAAGAAAUUAAUUAAAUUCAUAAUUUCAUUGA